UGAACCUUUUAGCUUUACGUAGAUGAUGAGAUCAUCAACGUGCGCACUACACAGACAAUACAGGCAGGCCCCAUUCUGUUGUAUCCAGCUGCAGUAAAGUGCAACAAUCUAAGAAUUUGUCUACACGAUCAGAAUAUUGUGUCUUGUAUAUGAAAUAAUCGUAAUAUUUCUGAAACCAUGCAGUGUCCAGAUGACACUAGUCUAAAUACACCAGAAGAGAAAACCUGUCUUUCUUCUGCGCAAAGAAGAGCAGAAAUUCGGAGACGAAAAUUGCUCAUGAAUUCCGAAGACAGAAUGAACAGAAUUGUGGGUUUCACCAAAGCUGAAGCUGAAAACAACGGAGCGUCCAGAAGUGUCACGGCACCCGUGUUCCAUCUGGACUUGGACAGGAGCAACUCGUGGUCAACAUACCCCUCCCCCACACUAUCUCCAUUCUUCCCGGAGGCAGUAGGCAGCAGCCACCCCCACAGUGAUCUCUCAGAGAGGAGAGGGUAUCCCCUGCCAGACACCAGCGAGGUGCUGGGUGGCAGUGUGGACAAGGAUGUGACACCGGGCGUCCGUCAGAGGCCACGCGGAGAGGCCCAGCUGGCGGCCGAUGAGCCCAGCCGCUCCGGAUCCCCACGCAGAGGGUUGCAGAAGUACCUGUCCCGCUUUGAUGACGCCAUGAAGCUCKGAGGCCAACUGGCCAAUGAGAAACAAGCCCAGGAUGCAGCCGGCUCAGACCCAGAUGAGUUGGACUCCUUCAGGCUCUUCAGGCUUGUCGGCAGUGUCCUCCUUGCUCUCUUUGUCAGGGUUUUUGUCUGCAAGUAUCUGUCCAUAUUCGCACCAUUCCUCACCCUCGAACUGGCCUACAUGGGGUUGUACAAAUAUUUUCCAAAGGUUGAGAAGAAGAUGCAAACCACAGUGCUGACUGCCGCGCUCCUGUUGUCUGGUAUCCCUGCGGAGGUCAUCAACCGCUCCAUGGCCACCUACAAGAAGAUGGGCGACGUCUUCGCUGACCUCUGUGUCUACUUCUUUACAUUCAUCCUCAGUCACGAGAUCCUGCUGUUGGUUGGUCCAGAAGAGGCUGAGACUCCCUGAUGGACAGGAAGUCCCUGUGCUAUGGCGGUGUCACAGAGGUGGACAUUAUGCUGACCCCCUGAUACUGAUCCUUUACCUUACCUCCUUCUCCACACCAUUUCCCCUCCCGAAUCAGUAGAACCCAUAGGGGAGAGGGGGUCGAAGUGCAAUGUCCGCAGGUAGAUAAGGGAAGAA